AUGUGGGCUAAGGAUAAUAAUUUUGAAACAACACUCACUACGGCGGUCUGGCAUGUUCAUAUACUUGUUACCACUGAGUGCGGUUCGUUCAUGUUCAGAAGACGAAGAUCUCGACGAGAGACGAGACGAAGGAAGCCAUCAGAAGAUACUCUCACAGCGACUGCUUCCACCGUUGCCGAAGAGGGUACAGCACGACAAAAAAGUGCUAGGGCACGUCGGCGACGAUCUAGAAAGACUACGUUAGAUUCUACCGAGGAAAAAUCAAAAAGAAAAACUCGUUCUGCGGAGACUACCAUAGACGUUACGCAACAAGAGCGAAGGAAAAAAGCGCAGGCAGUUCAUCCAGAAGUCGAAAAAGCUGUAUCAAAUUUCAUAAAAUACACGACAGAAACAGCCGGGAUAGAUGGUCUACGAAAAGAAUGUCGUGCCGUACUCGAUUUCAAACCACAACCAGGAACAUAUGAAAAGUUCAAAGCUUGUCCUCAACUCAAUCGAUAUCCAGCUGUUCCAUGCCUCGACGCCACUCGUGUAGUGCUGCAACCUUCAGAAGAUAGCACAAAUGAUUAUAUUCACGCUAAUAAAGUCAAGUUAGAAAAGGCAGAACGUGAAUUUAUACUAACGCAGGGUCCAAAAAGCAACACGAUAGAAGAUUUUUGGAAAAUGAUUUUCCAGGCUAUCAUGCUCUGCAAUUUUUACGAAGAAGGGACGCAGUCAUGUGAAGAGUUUUGGCCGACAGAUUCUGGAGCUUAUAAGUACUAUGGAAAAAUGUUUGUCAACAACAAAAGGAUUGAUCAUAUGGACCAGUACGAUGUGUAUACACUUGAAGUUUUGCCCGAUGGAUGCUCAAACUCGAUACUUACUAGACUUGCGCAUUGCACGACUUGGCCUGAAAAGGCCGUACCCACUAGUGGUCGAAUGGUGCUCCGUUUGAUCAGAUGGACGCAGCAAUUGGAACCAGGAUCAGUGACUCUAUUGUGUAGCGCUGGAGUUGGCCGAACAGGGACAUUUGUAGCAAUCGAUGCUGUUUGCACUAGGCUUUUCAAAGGAUAUGAAGGAAAGGUUAAGGACAUCGUGAUGGAUAUAAGACGACAACGUGCACUAAGUAUACACAAUGAAUUACAGUACUUCUUCGUUUAUUCUACCGUACUCGAUUACAUAAGGGCGAAAUUGCCCAAGUAUCAUUCGAAAGUGUCGAAGUUUUACGCUGAAUUAAGCAAAGUGUGAAAUCUCUCUCAGAAGUUAAAUAUUGAAAGUCUACUAAAUACGAGC